AUAUAACAGAUUACAAAUUUCUUGUUUGUAUUUCAACAGUGAAGUUAUUUACUUUUUAUUUAAAAUUUGACAUGAUCUAAAGAUUCAUUAGAAAAAAAAUAUGAAAUCUGAUCUCAAUAUUAUAGAUGAUCAAACAAAAACUACCCUUUCUAAAAACGAUAUUAAAGUUAUUUGCAUAUUGAUCUCAAUGGUUAUACCAUUUUAUACUGCAGUUGAAAUAUCGACUUUUAUAUGUGAUCAGUUUACUUUCUACAGUUUCCUAACACAGCGUGGAUUACCUUAUGGAUAUGGUAUAUCUACUGAUGGAAAUAAUUCUACAGAAAUAAAACUCAAACAACACGAUGCCCAGAAGCAAACAUCAUUAGUACAGUCAUCAAAUAACUUUGCAGCAGUUGCUCCUGGUUUAAUAUCUACUCUAUUAGUUGGAUAUAUAUCAGAUCGUUUUGGACGAAAAAUUGCUUUAGGAAUCCUUAUAGCUGGAGAAGCUGCACAAGUGGUGGCUGUCGCUGUUGUAGUUUUCUUUCGUUUAACACCAUGGGCAUUAGUUGCUUCAAAUGUACUAGAAGGUUUAAUUGGUGGUGGUUUACUAUCAGCUAUUGCUCAAUUCUCCGUUUGUAUUACAGAUUUAACGAAUUAUGAUCAACUUAAAAAAUUUACAUCUAUUCCGAAAUCUGUGUAUGAACGUCGACGUUGGAUAUUUUUAACACUUAUUGAUGGCUUAGCUUGUUUAAGUUUGGCAAUUGCUAGUAUGAUUGCAGGUUCAUUAAUUCAUACAUAUGGUUUCAAUAUUACAAUGAUGGUUUGUAUUCUAAUCUAUUUACCAGUUAUAAUAUUGAUAUUCUUUUUACCUGAAACAAAUAAUGUUAAACAAUUAAAAUAUGAUACUGAAGUCAAUGUAUAUAAUCAUGAUAAACUAUCAAAUAAUGUACAUUUAACAAAAAUGAAAUUAACUUGUUGGCAUAUAUUUUAUCAGAAAAUUAAACAAACAUUAAUGACUGUAAUAUCUUCCAAUCCAGUUUUAAUAAUAAUCUUAGGAAUUCUAUUUAUUGUAUCUAUUUCGGCAAUGGUAGAUUCACCAUUUGUUACGGUAUACUUAAUGAGUGAACCAUUUUGGUGGAAUUCAAGGAAGCUAGGAUUAAGCAAUGGUAUAACAGAAGCAUGUUCAGCAUUAUUAUCUAUAAUAAUUGUAAAUAUACUGGCAAGAAUUCAAUUAUCUCAAUCAACAAGUAUGAAUAAUAAAAACAAUCAUGAAUUGAAUGAUGAUAAUGAUGAUGACGAUAAUAACCUAACUGAAAAUAAAAUCAACUUUAAGUUUCAGAAUACAUUGUUCAAUUUACUAAUAUUUGCAUUAAGCUUAAUGUUAUUAAAUAGAAUUAUGAUGACAAUAGUAUAUUUGUUCUCAUCGUUUACAGCGAAUAUAAUUGUUUAUAUUGGCUUAGUUCCGAAACUAGCGAAGAAUAUUAAUUUUCCUUUAUUGCGUACACUGAUCACCAAUUGGAGUGGGACUCAGCGAACAGGUUUGAUUCUUUCAUUCGCUUCCUUCAUAUCAAGAAUCGGUCUAUUAAUCAGUGUAAGCGCUUUACCUUUGGUUUAUUCAGCUACUCUUUCACACUUUCCUGGUGCUGUCUUUCUUGUAUGCGCAUCAAUGUUAUUUGUUUCAAUAUGUGCAGCAAUUUCACUUCCAUUCCUGGCGAAAUACAAAAACAUGAACGUGAGAAUCUAAAAAGAAAAAAAAUAACAAUUACUGGUUGUUUUUAAAAAAAAAAUUAAGAAUGAUGAAAGUUGUCAACGUCCCUUAUACAUUAUUGUAUAUUCAUGAGAUGAUAUGCUCAUGUAUCUGUUUUAUCAUUCUGAAAAGCUUUGAACCAAAAAUGACUACUUUCAUUUAUUUGAUUGUAUUUUUUGAAAUUACUCUAAAUUAGCUUAAUGAUAACAUGGAAUGAAAGGACAAAAUUUGAUUGAUUUAUUCAUUAUGAUUUUUAUUUAACAUUAAUUCUCUUUGACAAUCACUCAGUAUACUAUUUGUACCGUUUACCCCUAUAACAUUUUAUUCUGUCUAACAUGCCACAUUCUUGUAUGAAUUAUUUUUCAUAUAUGUGAUUUAUUCUGAUUAUUAUCGGAAAUGGGUGUACAAACCAAUAUAUAAACGAGUGUAUUUCCGACUAGACUGGUUGGUAUCGCUCGUGCUUUUGGAUAAUUGCGGAAUAUACUUCCCCGUUCCAAACUUGGACUUCUCUCUAGUUAGUGGGGACCGAAUGUAUCGGAAAUAUCUAGCUUACUGGUCUUUCGAUACAGAGUUUUAGUUCCGUUCGCAAACAAGGUUUUCUGCAAUUUUUGAAAGAUUUUCCAUACUGGUUAUGAUAUCAGCACCAGUCGGAGUUAUCGGUCUCGUGGUUUAGAGAUACAUCGCUUACGUGAAGUGCUUCUUCGAGUG